UGAAGAGGCGGGAUACAGACGACGAUUGGGCGACUACCGACUCUAUCUCGGGCGACCUUCCCUCAGGAUCUGAUUGGCUCGUCACGAUCAGGAUCGCUGCUUUGCAAUUGGCCUAAACGCAGAGUGGGCGGGACGAAGUGCCGCCUUGUCCCCGGUCCAAGAUGGCUGCGUCCAUGGCGCGGCGCCUGUGGCCUUUGCUGACUCGUCGGGGUCUCCGGCCCUAUGGAGGCUGGAUCGCCAACGACAGUCCAAGGAGAAGUUUUGCUACAGAGAAACGAAACCGGAACCUCCUGUAUGAGCAUGCGCGCGAGGGCUACAGUGCACUCCCUCAGCUGGCCAUAGAGUGGUUCUGCGCAUGCCCAGAAGAAGCCGCACGCGCCCUGGAGCUCCGCAAGGGGGAGCUGCGGUCGGCGGACCUGCCCGCUAUCAUCUCGACAUGGCAGGAGUUGAGGCAGCUGCAGGAGCAGAUCCGGAGCCUGGAGGAAGAGAAGGCAGCUGUGGCUGAAGCAGUGCGGGCCCUGCUGGCAAACCAGGAGAGUGGUGAAGUGCAGCAGGACCCCAGGUACCAGGGUCUGCGGGCACGUGGCCGGGAGAUCCGGAAGAAGCUUUUUCCCCUGUACCCCAGGGAGGCCCAGCUUGAGGAGCAGUUCUAUUUGCAGGCGCUGAAGCUGCCCAACCAGACCCACCCAGACGUGCCCGUCGGGGAUGAGAGCCAGGCUCAAGUACUCCACGUGGUCGGAGACAAGCCAGCUUUCUCCUUCCAACCCCGAGGCCACCUGGAAAUUGGCGAGAAACUCGACAUCAUCCGUCAGAAGCGCCUGUCCCACGUGUCUGGCCACCGCUCCUAUUACCUGCGCGGGGCUGGAGCCCUCCUGCAGCACGGACUGGUCAACUUCACAUUCAACAAGCUUCUCCGCCGGGGCUUCACCCCCAUGACAGUGCCAGACCUUCUCCGAGGAGCAGUGUUUGAAGGCUGUGGGAUGACACCAAAUGCCAACCCAUCCCACAUUUACAACAUCGACCCUGCUCGCUUCGAAGAUCUCAACCUGGCUGGAACAGCGGAGGUGGGGCUUGCAGGCUACUUCAUGGACCACACCGUGGCCUUCAGGGAUCUGCCAGUCAGGAUGGUCUGUUCCAGCACCUGCUACCGGGCGGAGACAAACACGGGACAGGAACCCUGGGGGCUGUACCGAGUGCACCACUUCACCAAGGUGGAGAUGUUUGGGGUGACAGGCCCCGGGUUGGAGCAGAGCUCACAGCUGCUGGAGGAGUUCCUGUCCCUUCAGAUGGAGAUCUUGACGGAGCUGGGCUUGCACUUCCGGGUCCUGGACAUGCCCACCCAGGAACUGGGCCUCCCUGCCUACCGCAAGUUUGACAUUGAGGCCUGGAUGCCAGGCCGAGGCCGCUUUGGAGAGGUCACCAGUGCUUCCAACUGCACAGAUUUCCAGAGCCGCCGCCUCCACAUCAUGUUCCAGACCGAGGCUGGGGAGCUGCAGUUUGCCCACACGGUGAACGCCACCGCCUGUGCUGUCCCCCGCCUUCUUAUCGCACUCCUGGAGAGUAACCAGCAAAAGGAUGGCUCAGUGCUCGUGCCCCCUGCCCUCCAGCCGUACCUUGGCACCGAUCGGAUCACAGCCCCCACCCACGUGCCUCUCCAGUACAUCGGCCCCAACCAGCGCCGGAAGCCUGAGCUACCUGGCCAGCCUGCUGUAAGCUGAGAACCCACCCUCGGCAGCCCUAGAGGGCGUCACUGCUUCCUGGAGCUCAGGAGACCCCGGACACCUGGGACCUGUGCUCCUGAGCCUGUCCUGACAUCUGCGUUCCUCCCGUCAGCUCCACGCCCAGGCCCCUAGACCCUGGGGUCCGCCUCUCCUCUGUCUUUGCUGCCUGAGUCAGUCACUGACCCUGUUAUCAUUGAGGGGUUCCAGUGGGAAACAGGACCUCUGGACUUUAUGGUUCUGGGGACAGGAGAAGCAGAGGAAGAGGCCUCCAUCCCUCUUUCCUUCCCUCCCACAGUGCUGAGCAAAAAGUCCCCAAUAAAUGGUCAGGACAAAG